CCUUGUUUCCGCAUCUGCGCAUUGCGGAGCUGACGACACGUUGGGGCCAAAAGCAUGGCGGACGUUGAGGAAAGCGUGAAGCCAAACACAGAAGAAACACUCGUAGGAUCGAGUAGUGAUGAUGAGAACAGUGACGUUAAUGGCGGCGAAGCGGAUGAGACAGUGAAGACCUUCAAGGACUUGGGUGUUACUGAGGUUCUCUGUGAGGCUUGUGAUCAGCUGGGAUGGAAGACUCCAACAAAGAUCCAGAUAGAGGCUGUACCAGUGGCUCUGCAAGGGAGGGAUGUCAUUGGCCUGGCAGAGACUGGUUCAGGAAAGACGGGUGCCUUUGCUCUGCCCAUCCUCCAGUCACUGCUGGCCUCGCCUCAGAGGCUCCAUACCCUCGUCCUCACCCCUACCAGGGAGCUGGCAUUUCAGAUCUCUGAGCAGUUUGAGGCUCUGGGCUCCAGCAUCGGUGUUAAGUGUGCGGUCAUAGUUGGAGGAAUCGACAUGAUGUCCCAGUCCUUGGUGCUGGCAAAAAAACCACACAUUGUUAUUGCCACACCUGGCCGGUUGAUAGACCACAUGGAGAACACAAAGGGCUUCUCCCUACGAGCUCUGAAGUACCUGGUCAUGGACGAGGCAGAUAGAAUCCUCAACAUGGACUUUGAGACUGAGGUGGAUAAAAUCUUGAAGGUGAUUCCCAGAGACAGACGCACCUACUUGUUCUCUGCCACCAUGACCAAAAAGGUCCAGAAACUCCAGAGAGCAGCUCUGAAAGAUCCUGUGAAGUGUGCGGUAUCCACCAAAUACUCUACAGUAGACAAACUGCAGCAAUACUAUGUCUUCAUACCAUCGAAGUACAAGGACUGCUACCUGGUGUCCAUCCUGAACGAGCUAGCUGGGAACUCAUUUAUCAUUUUCUGCAGUACGUGUAACAAUGCCCAGCGGGUGGCGCUGUUGUUAAGGAACCUUGGCAUCACUGCUAUCCCUCUUCAUGGCCAGAUGAGUCAGAAUAAACGUCUUGGAGCGCUAAACAAGUUCAAGUCCAAGUCUCGAUCGGUGCUGCUGGCGACCGAUGUGGCAUCCAGAGGACUGGACAUUCCUCAUGUUGACUGCGUCAUCAACUACGACAUCCCCACUCACUCCAAGGAUUACAUCCAUAGAGUCGGACGAACAGCCAGAGCAGGACGGUCUGGGAAAUCCAUCACGUUUGUCACUCAAUAUGAUGUGGAGCUUUUCCAGCGAAUCGAAAGCCUGAUUGGGAAGAAACUUCCUGCCUUCCCUACACAGGAGGAGGAAGUGAUGAUGUUGGUGGAGAGGGUGAGCGAGGCCCAGAGAUUUGCCAGGCUGGAAAUGAAGGAGCAAGGUGAGAAAAGGAAAAGGCCCAAAAGAGGAGAUGGAGACGAGGAUGACACAGAACAAGCAAGUGGAGUGAGGAAGAAAGUGAAAGGAGGACCAGGAGGUGGAGGAAGAGGGGGAGGAGGGGGAGGAGGAGGAGGUGGAGGGAUGAAGAAGAGGGGUGGAGCAGCCUGGAGGGGAGGACGCUGAAACCUCCCAACAUUAACAGACUGUACAUAACCACAACAUACAAAUGUCUCUCGUUUUUUGAUGUUACAACUUGAUUAUGACAACAGCGUGUUUUCCAGUGUUUAGUAUGGAAGCAAACUAUUUAAUUACAGAAAACAUGCCUUUUCCUGCUCUUCUGUGAGAUUUUUCCAUUUGUAAUAAAAGAUGCCACAG